AUGCUCCUCCAUGAGUUUAGGGAAAUAAAAACAGCCCAGAACAGUGAUGACAGCCGAAGACGAGAGGCAGUUAACCGUCUGUCUGUCACAGCCCUUACUGAAGAUAACUACACAUCUGAACUCUGGGUGUAUUUCCAAGGCAGCGCGUACCUGGGCUCCACCACAGCACAGAGUUGGGAGCAGAGCCGGCAGUACUGUCAGGAGAGAGGAGGAGAUCUCAUCAUCAUCACAAGUGUCCAGGAGCAGACAUUUGCGAGUAGAUUCCGCGGGCACCGAUGGAUUGGACUGAAUGCAACCCAGUCUGAACCUAGAGAGUGGAGAUGGGUGGACGGCUCUCAGCUCAACACAAGUUUCUGGCACACUGGAGAGCCAAAUAACAAAGACAAUGAUGAGUUCUGUGUUGAAACCUUCGUCAAUGGCACCGAGAAGCGCUGGAAUGACCUGAAAUUAAUGGAAACCAGAGUCCUACAAGUUAUUGAAGAACGAGAGCAAGUGAGGCAAAAACUUCAAGAUCUUAAUAAUCAUUCCCACGAAGGUUGGGUGUAUUUCCAAGGAAGUUUGUACCUGGGCUCCAGCACAGAGCAGAGUUGGCAGGAGAGCAGGCUGUACUGUCAGCAGAGAGGAGCAGAUCUCACCGUCAUCACCAGUGUCCAGGAGCAGGAAUUUGCAUAUUCAACUUUUAAGGAGCGCAGAUGGAUUGGACUGACUGACCUGGAGCAGGAGGGGGUGUGGAAAUGGGUGGAUGGCUCACGACUGACCCUAAGAUUUUGGGAUCCAGACCAGCCAGAUAAUAAAUACGAUGAAGACUGCGGCCGCUUCAACAUGGAUCUUGAAUAG